GUAGGAGUCGUCCAGGCCCUAUAAAUAUAAGUGGUUUCCCAAAACAUUCCCAUAUUUCCAUUGAUUCCGGCUACUCAUUAUAUUACAUCAAUUCGAUAACUCAUACAGUUUUUCGGUAUACAAAUAAUACUCUGUAUCAGCUGAUCAGUGAGCUCGUCAUCGAUUGAUCAUGGCGAAGAUAAUUAUGAAAUACAUUCAGCUUCGGGAAGGCCGCCGCUGCCGUAACAUAGGCGGCCGCAUAAUGCUCGUCCCCCCAAAGAAACGGACUUGGAAUAACAUGAUGCUGCCGGAGUCGUCGUCAUCCGGGGCGGCGGCCGAAGAAGUUCUGCCGUCAUUAUCCCUAGUGCCUGCUGAUGUCGUCGCCGUGGGGAACAAGAAGAUGAAGCAAGACGGCUGCGGCGGCGAAGGCCUCGCCGAAAGCACCGCUCGCCGCCUUGAAAUUGCACAUUCGCUAGGUGGAGGCCCUUUCUUUGGUUAUUGCAUGAUAGAUAGAUGGAUGGAUGAUUUCAUUUUGUAUUAAUUCAUUCAAAUUGCAACUAGCCUUAAUUAGCUUUGACGUAUAUUCAACACGGUCGAUUUCGAUUCAUCCAGCUUACUCGAUUCAAUUCACAUUUUAUGUCAAAGCCGGUAUGAUCGGAAAAUAUCGAUCUAUUGCAUUUCAUAUGACAUUAUUAUUACCUCCCUCCCAAUUUAAAGAUCUCACUUUUCAAUUUAAAACGUCGACCACAUCUUUUCCUGUAUAAAUUUGCCCGAAUGUUUAAUUGUAA